GGAGGGGCGUUCAUUCGCCUCGUGCGGGAGGGGAGAGCGGGGUGCGGUGGCUUCGCGAUGAGCGCCGGGCCGGGGUCCCUCGGCCGCGGCGAUACCGUCACCUUGCGGGUCAGCGCCGUGGGGCUCUACUCCGAGGUGCCUAUCCUGCGGCUAUGGGGGCUGCUGGGCGAACGCAAGGCUGACUAUGCCCUCCUCCACCGCGAAAUCCAGGCGGCGGCCGGGCCGCGCCUGGCGGCCCGCCCAGAGCCCAGUGGGUCGGGGGCCAGCGGGACCAGGCUGUGCCCAGGAGAGCUGGCACUGGUGGAGGUGUUGGGCAUCUGGUACCGCUGCUGUGUGGUGAGUUGCAGUGCCCAGGGGUACCGUGUCUUCCUGCUGGACGAGGGGUACGUGGUGGCCACAUCCGCAUACUACUUGGCACGGGGCUGCUCAGAGCUGUUCCAGCUGCGCCCAGAGGUGCUGGGCUGUGUCGUGGCUGAUGUCAUGCCCUCCCAGGGUCACGAGGGGACAGCCUGUGGGGAUUCACCAGUGUCCAGGUGGACCGUGGAGGCGAUGGAGUUCCUCAGCUUCCUGCAUGGCAAGGAGGUGUCUGGUGUGGUGCAGGAGGUGAUAACGCCACAGCUUAUCGUACUCGAGCUGCCCCAGCUCGUGGUCCAGAUGCGGCAGCUGGGCCUGGCCAAGCGUGUCUCUCCCAGCUGGUUCUGCCAGGUACUCAGGCGCUGCCUGCCUUUUGGCCAGUUAAAGAAGCAGCUCUGGCAGCAGCCUCCAGCGUGUUCCCUUGGAACUUUUGCAGAUCCGCAGCUUGUCCAUGUGUUGCUCUCGUACUGGCCUCUGUCACCUGCUUUGGAUUACUACUACCCUCAGCUUCAGUUGGGUGUGACGGAGCCUGUCCUAGUGACCCAUGUCUCUGACCCACACCACAUCUACUGCCAGUUGCAGUGCCUGUCUGAGGAGAUCUGUUGCCUUUCUGAUACCAUGUGCCAUGCUUAUGACCAGUGGGAGCAGGAUUUAUUGCCCAAAGUGGGCUCGCCCUGUGCUGCCCGUGGGAUGGAUGGCCAGUGGUACCGUGCCAUUCUGCUGGAGCUCAUUGGUGAGGGGCAGGACCAGCAUGCAGCUCUUGUGAUCUUUGUGGACUAUGGCAGGAAGGAGACUGUAACCAGAGCUAACCUGCGCCAUUUGCCUGCUGAGUGUUUUCGCAUGCCUGUCGUCACUUACAUCUGUGCUCUUCAGGGUGUUUCGGAUGGGGGGCGUGGCUGGUCCCCGUUACAGGUCGAUUUGCUGAAAGCAUUGGUGCUCGGCAGAGGAGUGAGUGCUCACAUUGAAGCCUUUAACUCCUUUGAGCAUCUCUAUUAUGUGACACUCUAUGGGGAAAACGGCAUUGAUUUGAACGGUCUUUUUGGGUCUCAGGCUUGCUGCCUGGUCAGUACUCAUGUGAGCCAAACUGAGGCUCAUGAGCAGCUGGAAGUAGAGGAAUCCUUAGUUGAAGAAUUGGGAUUGCCACCAGAAGCACCUCCUGUUUUAACACACGGAGGUUUGGCUGGUGCUGCUGUAGCUGGUGUGCAUCUGAAGACCUGGACAUUCUACAGUGCACGGGUCUCUCACCUCCAAGACCCAUCUGAGUUUUGGCUGCAGCUCCAUGAGCAUUAUCAGCUUUUCAGGCAGCUAAGGCAGUGCAUGUGGAAUUUUUAUUCCCAUUCCACAAAGCUGGAUGGUGCUGAGUGGGACCCACAGCCUGGAUCCCUUUGUUGUGCCAGUUGGAACGAGGGUGUCUUCUAUCGAGCGGUGGUCACCAGGGUACUGGACACUGGGGUGGAAAUACACCUGGUGGACAGAGGCAGUACAGAAACUGUGGGUCUGUGUGCUGUGAAGGAGCUGCUCCCUCGGUUCAGGGAACUGCCUGCUUUAGCUCUGAAGUGUUGUUUGGCAGGUGUCUCCCCUCUGAGAGGGAGUUGGAGUGAAGCCUCUGUGUCUGCAUUCAGGGAGAUGGUACUGAACAAAGAACUAAAGGUUUGGUUUUUGAGUGUGCAGGGUGACAAAUACAUGGUUGAAAUUUUUGACCAGUCCCAGUUAGGAGAGAGAAGAGUAAGUAAACUCAUGGGCCAGAGGGGUUAUGCUAAAUACCAGAGGUAUGAAAUGCCCAAGACUUCCCAGAAAUCAGAUAAGUCUGUGACACAGGCCUCUUCUCUAGUAUGUGCUGCAGAGGAAAGCCAAAAAAAUGCAGAGAAGAGGCGCAGAGAAGAAUGUGAUCUAAAGAGCAGUGAUAGAGUGGUUGAUUCUCAUGUGGAUGUGAUGGUCAGAGAGAGCCCUAUUGCAGCCAUUCACAGUUCUAGAAGUACUGAACUUUGUUCUCAAGACUAUGAGGGUAAGGAAAAUCUGCACGCUUCUUUGGGUCAGAACUAUGCGGAAAUUAAGCCAGGCUCCUCUUGUGGAGGCCACUUAGAAGUGGGAAGUACAGUUAAUGUUAUUUUGUCAUAUGUUGAAAAUCCUAGUUGUUUUUGGUGUCAGUUAAGUAGAAAUUUCCAUGACCUUGAGGUACUAAUGGAUGAAAUUCAGGAGCAUUGCAAGAAUUCAUCCCAGCCACAUGUUUGGCCAAAUCUUGUGUGUUUAGCCCAGUACUCGGAGGAUAAAAAAUGGUACAGGGCUUUAAUAGUUAGUGAAGGAGUGUGUGCAGAAAAAGUAGAAGUCAUAUAUGUUGACUAUGGCAACAGAGAGCAGGUGUGUCUAACGAAGCUCCGUGCAAUUAGUGAACACUUCCUUAGGUUAGAGGCUCAGGCAUUCAGGUGCAGCCUUUACAACUUAAUCCAACCUAAUGGUCAGAAUCCUUUUGCCUGGGAUGAAGAAGCCAUUCAGACUUUUCGGCAGUUUGUUGUUGAUUCAUCAUCUGACCUUGAUCUGAAGUGUACAAUAUUUGCCUUGGCUUCAAUAAAUAGGGACCUGUUUAACAUUGUAGAUUUAAUCACGCCUUUUCAGAGUGCUUGCCAGUUUCUCACUGAGAAAGGUGUAGCCAGACCUUUAUUUCCUCAAAAGCGCUUGGAAUCUUUGGUCCAGCUUCACUCCUUCUAUUAUUCUAGUCACGGUAUCAAAAUUGGGAGUGAGGAAGACGUUUAUAUUACGCAUGUUGAGAAUCCAUGGAUGUUCUACUGCCAACUUGAAAGGUGUGCAGAUACCUUGGCACAGCUGGCUGAUAACAUCAGUCGCCUGAGUGAGAGAGUGACCAGCACAGGAACCUUGGGAAAGUCUGGGACCUUGUGUCUGGCAAGGUACUCUGACAGUCAGUGGUAUAGGGGAGUAAUUAUGGAAAGACAACCUAAGGCUAAAGUCUUCUUUGUGGAUUUUGGGAACACAGAGGCAAUAGAGACAGAUGAUCUGCUUAUUUUACCCAGUGAUGCUUCUGAUAUCUUGCUUGUGCCGAUGCAGGCCAUAAAGUGUUCUGUGUCUGAUGUAUCAUCUGUUUCCAAAGAAGCUGCAACAUGGUUUAAGGAAGCCGUCCUAGAAAGGAGAUUAAAAGCAAUAGUGGUAGCAAAGGACUCUGAUAAUACACUGCUGGUAGAGUUGUUUGAUGGAAAUACUCAAAUUAAUACAAAACUGAAGGACCUAAGCCUAAACAGUACAGGACUGUGUAGUCAUGUACACAAUGAGACUUUGUGCUCUAGAAAUACAGAUGUGAAUGAGAGGGAUGAGCCUGCAGAGUCCCCUUUAAAUGCAGGUAAGCCUCUUGAAAGAAAACGUCGACCCGAAGCCCAGCAAGAACAAGGGAGCAGAAGACACUUAAAAGAAGAAGUUUUAGACCUUUUCCAGCACUCUGUGAAGGGAGAUGUGGCAGCUGGAUUACUAGGACCUGGUGAAAUGCUUAGCAGUAAGGAUGCUAUUUUGUUGGAUAAAGCAGGGGAGGAGUCUCUGCUCUUUUCCCUGAUGGAUACACUGUCAGAUACUAAAUCUGAUGCUGAAGGCAGGUGUAUAAUGCUUAAAAAUUCAUCUGAUCUACCACCACAGAAGAUAGUGCCAGCUCUUAAAACUUUAGUGUAUGUGUCUUACAUCAAUGACCUGCAGGAUUUUUAUGUUCAACUAGGGAGUGACGAGGUUCAGCUUAACAACAUUUUGGAAAGUUUAAACAAUGGGAAAUCAGUGAAGGAGCCUUGUGGACAACUUUUCCAAGCAGGAGAUUUAAUCAGUGCUGUGUAUUCAGAAGACAGCCUGUGGUAUCGAGCUGUAGUAAAAGAGAAGACUUCUGACAAUUCGAUAAGGGUACAUUAUAUUGAUUAUGGUGAUACUUCAGUGAUUAGUGUUGAUCAAGCAUGCAGGCUCCCUAAGGACUUGUCAUCUAUUCCAGCAAUGAGUAUUCACUGCUUUCUAGGUGGACUUAAAUGCAAAAAAAGUGCAGACUGGACAGAGAAAGCACUGUUUUACUUCACCAAGAGAACAAGUGAAAUCCUGCUGUCAUGUGAAUUUGUAAAGAAGGUUGAUGAUAAAUGGGAAGUUAUUCUCAGUGACCAUCAAGGUAUAAUAACAGUGGAUUUAGCUGAUAAAGAUCUUCCAAGUAGAGAAAGACUUUUUUUAAGAAAAAAAAUGGAUAAAAGAGAGAAGAGUGACAUGAUAACCGUCUGUGAGCCUUUGCCUCCUCAGGUACAAAAUGAGAUUUCCGAUGUAAGUGAUUGUAAAUCAUUUAUCUGGAAAUUUCCAGAGGCAGGUCAGACUUUAAAAAUUUAUGUCACAGUGGUAAAUAGUCCAGGAUUUUUCUGGUGUCACUGUGCUGAUACCAAAGAUGUGAGCUACAUCGAGAAAAAAAUAGAGGAAGCUGAAAAGCUUGGGCUAAGCUCUCUGAACGAUAGCAAGUCUUGUAUUAAAAGUGGUGAUACUUGUCUAGCAAAAUACAGUCAAGAUGGGUGGUUCUACAGAGCUCAGAUCAGCAGUGUGAAAGAUGACAGUGUAGUUGUUAGACAUGUGGAUUACGGAAGUGAGGAAGCCAUCAGCCUGGAGAUGAUCCGACAGAUGCCAUGUGAACUGCUCAGAGUACCUGCACAAGCAUUUGCUUGCUGUCUGUCAGGUUUCAGUCCCUCAGAGGGCUCAUGGCUUAGUGAUGCAAAUAAGAAGUUUUAUGAUAUGACUGAAAACCUUGCAUUAGGAGCUGAAGUAGUAGAAAUUCGGGAAAACAAAGAUUCUGAAGUCCCUCUGUGUGUUGUCAAGCUGGAAGCUUCUGGCAAUAGUAUUAAUGAAGAGAUGAAGCCUUUCUGGAAGGCUAAUAAAGAAACUGGUGACAGUGCUUUCUCAAACCUUUGCAACUCCCUAAAGGAAAAUAGCAGUUCAAACAGCAAUUUGGGUCUUUGUCUCGACAAAGAAACUACUGCUGUUUGUGGAUUAGCUCAGGAAGAGAGUGAAAAUGCUUUGUUUUGUUCUGAUCCUUUCCUGGGUAUAACUUCUGAGUGCGUAGAGACUGCAGAAGCAAAUGUGUCAGUGGGAGCUGCCAGUGGGAAGGUUGAUGAUGGGUACGAGAUGGGAAAGUGUGAGAAUAGUUUUGAUAAAGAGAUAGCUCUGUCUGAAGGUGACAGUGAUAACAAUAUGUUACUAGAACCAAUGAGAAGCUACAGUCCUCAUAUUGUGGGGAAUGGAAUGAAAGCUGUAGAACAAGACUUGCCUGAAAUAAUGUUUGGAGAGGAGGCUGAGCCGAAAGCAAAACUGACAGGCAGUGCUCCAGCAGCCAGCCUUUUCCUAGGAAAAGAACAAGAACUGCAGAGAUUGCCAGUGCUCCGGGCACAGCCAUCUGCAAGCAAUGGAACAGGGACAUUAGAACUGGAUCCGUUAGAAAUGCACUUACCAUGUUAUGAUCUAAACGAGCUCUUGGAGGAGCUAGAGGGACUUUUGGAAAAGUCCUCCUUUGGUGAAGGAACAAAGGAAGCACUGGAAGCAAAGUCACUUGAAAUGCAGGCAGCAUCAGGCAGCAAAGCAAGAGAGACGGUGUUGGAACAGGAACUGCUGGAGCUGACAGAUGUGAGGGAGGAGACAGGGCAGUUGGGAGCUCUGAACUGUCUUGAAGUUUUACCAUUACGUAAUGAGAAAGAAAACCUGGUGCCUUCAGUUAGUGACAGAGAGAAGGCAGUAGAGCUGAUUGCAUCUGAUGUUCAGCCUUCUUUGGGAGAGAAGACCAAAAAACUGCAAGCAAAUUUGUCUGGAAUUCAUGAAACAGAAGCUGUACUAGAUGAUUGGAUGGAAGCAGACCCUCCUUCCCUAUGGCUGCCAACAUCUGGUGGUAGACCUGAGAAAGAACUGUGUCAGAAGAUGCAUGACAAGCAGUUGAUGCUAGGAGCCAAAUUUGAGCCCUUUCUGGAACUGGUGCUGCCUAAUGUUCAGCCGCCUCAGGAAGACAGGGAGGAGGACUUGUUAGGGCUGGAACAUGAUGUGCUGCAGAGUUCUGCAAAUAGUGGAAGUCAAUUUUCAUUUCUUUCAAAAGACUCAGCACAUCAGAGGCCUGUUUUCACUGUGAAGUCACAUGACUGCAAAGUUGAGAAACACAAGGGGUGGCGGAAGAAGAAAGAGGACUGUGUGGAAGAAUGGAUGGAACAAGACUUGACUGACUCAUUUAAAGAGAGUGGAAAUACAUGUGUUCAGUCUUUAGGCUGUAGGCCUGGGGAAGAUGAAAAGCAAAAUGAGAAUUUGGCUGACUGCAAUGCAGCACACCAUGACUAUCCUUGUAAUCUGAAGGGCUUUGCUGUUGGUUCCAAAUGUGUGGUGUGGACCUCUCUCAAAUGGUGCGACGCUCGCAUUUUGGAGGUAUCUGAGAAGGGUACCAAGGUCUUGAACCUCUGCAGUGGCAAUGAGGAGAUUGUGCAUCCUGAGAACGUCUGGAACGGAAUUCCUGACUGGGCUCACAGAUCCUCUGAGGCAUUAACCCCUGCAACAGAAAACUUGCAGUCCUUACCAGAGGAGUCCUUACUUCAAGAAAAGCAAACUGGCUGCAGUAGCAAUUUAGCUGAAGAUGCUCAUGUCCUCCAGCAUUGUUGAAACCAAGUGACAUGUUGACCACGUGAAACUGAACAAGUGCAUGUGUGUGAAAUGUUCCCAUGAAAAUCUGUUUGUGGGAACAAAAAUACAAGUGAAAUAUCGAGUGGUUUAUUUUUUCUACCUAACUGACCAAAUGCCUGUCACUGCUGAACUUCCCUGUAAAGGAAUGGAGUUGGCAGACUGGUAUUGUCAGCUUGAUUUUUUUUUUUUUUUUUUUUUUUUUUUUUUUUUUUACAGCUGUUGUUGCUAGACUGUUACUGUUAGCUUGUUUCUUACAGCUGUACUUUCCUAAGUAAGAAUUUGCCUCUUGACUGUCAUUUUUUACUGACUGGGGGUGCACUGACUUGUAUGGAGUUCAUGGUGGGUGGUUCUUCAACAAAGGUUUCUUGUGACUUUCUGAAUAUGCUACUGUGUUGUACAGCACUGCUUUCUGAUGUUUGCUUUUGGAAAAGUUGCAUUGUUAAGUGGUUUUUUUCUCAAAAAAAAAAAAAGUUGAGGGUUUUUUGGGGGGAGGUUAGGGGUGGGGAGAAUUUUUUUUUUCCCAUAGGGGAACAUAGUUGUUUUGGGUUGAAGUCUUGAAUUUGGUGCUGUUCUAAAGCAAUGGAAGGAGCUGGAAUAAAGCUUUGGCUGGCAUAUACUGGUUUGUUAAUGCGUUUUAAUGACUUGUGUCUGUUCCUGUGCAGAAGCCCAAAUGCUGUGUGAGGGCUGUUCUGCAGUCACUGGUUGUGUUUUGACCCUAACCAGCUCUCU